AUGGCCUUAAAGGAACUGACAUUUGUGGUGUGUUUUUGGACUGUCUGUACUGCUAGGCAUGAAUUCUUCUCAUCAACAGAUCAAAUUGCACAGCUUGUUGAGAAGAAAGAAGACCUUCUGCAGGGCUUCAGUCAGUACAUUAAUGCUGAAGAAAAGAAUGUAGAGACAAUGAAGAGUGUUUAUCAGAAUCUUCUGCUUUCACACUCCGACCCUGUGGACCCUGAGGAAAUCAUGAGAGACCCUGUGGCUGCUUACACACUCCUCAAGAUCCCACAGCCAGAGGAUUUGGAUGGUGCUGCUUCAGGGCUGAUAAGACUGCAAGAGAUCUACAAACUCUACCCAGAAGACAUCAUGAAGGACACAUCUCUAAAUGCAGAGGAAGCUUACCAUGUGGGGUUGGUCGCUUAUAACGAGAGCAAAUUCCAGCAUGCCUUUCUCUGGUUUCUGUACAUUCGUAACACAUUUAAAAAUUACUCAACUAAUAAAGUUUUGACAAAUUACCUUAGUUUCUCAGCCUAUGGUUUUGGCAGCCUACCUGUGGCAAUCUACUUUGACCAUCGUCUAAAUCUGGAUUCAACUAAUGAUGAAGACAUAGUUCAGCUGAACAGACUCCUACACUUACAGAAAUACCCUGACAUAUUGACACUGAACACAGAGUCAAAUAAAUAUGAGACACUGUGCAGAGGAGGGAUUGAUGAGAAGACCUCCAAGAGGCAGAGGGCGCUGUCCUGUAGGUACAGCACAGGUGGAGAAAACCCCAGACUGACGUAUGCACCAGUGAAAGAGGAAGUGGAGUGGGACGAGCCUGGCAUCAUCAGAUAUCAUGACAUUAUUUCAGACAGAGAGAUAGCAAUCCUGAAGAAUAUCUCCAGACCUCUGCUUUCUAGGUCUUUGACUAUUGAGGGAGUAUCAAAGAUCCGUACUUCUCAAAGUGUUUCUUUAAAGGAAGACAAGCCUGUGGUUUCUCAUUUCAAUCAGAGGAUUGCAGACAUCACAGGACUCUCCAUGAAAUCAGCUGAAGACCUACAUGUUCAGAAUUACGGGAUAGGUGGCAGAUAUGAACCACAUUAUGAUGCAUGGGAUGAUGAGAAUGAAAGGAUUGCUACAUUCUUAAUUUAUAUGAGUGAUGUGGAGAUAGGGGGCGCCACUGUGUUUCCUCAAGUUGGAGUUGCAUUGAAGCCAAAAAAGGGUUCAGCUGUGUUUUGGUACAACCUCCGCAAAAAUGGAAAUGUGGAUUGGUAUACAGAGCAUGCUGGAUGCCCUGUGUUAAGGGGUAACAAAUGGGUGGCUAAUAAAUGGAUCCAUGAGUUUGGACAAGAGUUCAGGAGACGCUGUUCUUUGUCAUACUGGGAGUGAAAGACACUGAGAUCAUGGAGAAAUCAUAUGAAGUGCAUCUGUACUAUAGAAGUAUCUGUUAUGUUUAUUAUGUAUCAUGUUUUUAGAUAGGAUCAUAGUAGAAUUUAUUACUGUUUAGGUGCCGGUAAUGUUAAUAAUAAUUCAUAUACAGC